AUAUCUUGACACAAAUUGACAUGAACAGGUUUUACUUGCUGAUGGCAGGAAUUUCUUUAAUGUUUAGUGUUCACAUAUGUGUGUGGGUGUGUGUGCGUGCUGCCAUCUUUAAGUCGGAGGAGGUGAAAGUGAACAUCUGUCCCCAUCUGCCCUGCGAUUCAACUUCCAGAUGCGUUCAAAUGCACUUCUUUCUAUUAGGAGAACGAUAUCUCUCGACUUCCCGAGUUGCCUGAAAUGCGGCGUUUAGUGCGUCCACAAUAAAUGAGUGUGUUGAGUUUAUCUAUGCGUCAAAAAUACCAACAUCACCGAACUCCAUGCGUUGCAUAGAAAUGUACAAACAAUGUGUAGAAAAUGCUUGAUGAUAUUUAAUUUCCCAUAAUUCAUCUGGAAUCGCUGUGAGUUCCUGACGCUGAGAGGUGGAACAGGGAGGGGAUACGAGAGUGAGCUAAACAUCCUCCGCACAGGGACGAGCUUUACAUCUCAGCUCAGGCUGUAACCGUUUAAGUGUGCAGUCCUCCUUGCCAAGGAAGGAGAGGCACCAAGGACCAUGAGUGAGAAUGGCCCUCAAACGGGGGUGCCCAUGUACUUUGAGGUGGAGGUGGAUCACCUGGAGCGGGACGACGAAGACGAAGAAGACGACAAGAUCGCUGAGCCUUCGUCGUCAUCUGGACGUGUGUACGACCGCACCACAGUGCUCAUAGAGCGGGACCCCAUCCGGCUGGAUGAAGAGGGUGAAGAGGAGCUUCACUGUGGAGGGGAUGAAGAUGGUGUCAUCUUCUUAACAGAGGGCGAAGGUGACGAGGAUGGCUCUAUGGUAUUCAUGACGGACCCUGAUGCCAUGUCACAGGGUUAUGUGCACCACACCAUUUCUGCCGACCAGAUCCAGUUCACAAUAAAUCCCGGCUCGACGCCCAUGCCACGCAAUAUAGAGGGGGCCACACUCACCCUGCACUCUGAGUGCCCAGAGACAAAGCAGAGAGAGGUGAAGCGCUACCAGUGCAUGUUUGAGGGCUGCACAAGGACGUACAGUACGGCGGGAAACCUGCGGACGCACCAGAAGACUCACAGGGGCGAGUACACAUUUGUGUGUAAUCAACAGGGCUGUGGAAAGGCCUUCCUCACCUCUUACAGUCUCAAGAUCCACGUCCGCGUUCACACCAAGGAGAAGCCGUUUGAGUGUGACGUGCAAGGCUGUGAGAAAGCCUUCAACACACUGUACAGACUAAAAGCACACCAGAGACUUCACACAGGCAAGACUUUCAACUGUGAAUCGGAGGGAUGCACAAAGUACUUUACCACACUCAGCGACCUGAGGAAGCACAUUCGCACGCACACGGGGGAGAAGCCAUUCCGGUGUGACCAUGACGGCUGUGGCAAAGCUUUUGCUGCAAGUCAUCACCUAAGAACUCAUGUACGGACUCACACAGGGGAGAAGCCAUUCAACUGUCCCAGUGACGGCUGUGAGAAGACUUUUAGCAGCCAGUACAGCCUGAAGAGUCACAUCCGGGGCCACGACAAAGGACAGACCUUCAGCGUCACUCUCUCUGAAGAUGCAAAUCACUCGCUGUGCCUCAGUGACUUGAGCCUCAUCUCUACAGACUCCGAUCUACGAGAGAACAUCCAUAAUGCUCAAAAUUUGGACCUUAACAAUGUGACGCCUGUGAAAAUCUUUGAGCUCAUGUUCCAGAGUCCUGAAAAUAGUGUCAGCCAAGACGAUGCCCAUCACAAUGAGAGCUUUGGCGAAUCCUCUGCCCAAACGGGAGCGAACGAUGGCUCGACUCUCAUCUCUUUCACUAUCACUCCUACCUCCUCAUCGUCCUGUUCCCACGCAGCUUGUGACAUGGAGGCUUUUUCCCAGCUCAGCAAGAGCUCUUUCUCUCACGCCUCCACCUCUGCAUCUGUCACCGCUGCUGUCGGCUCCGCCAAACCUUUCAUGCAACUAACCGGGCCUCAGCAGGUCUCAGACGUGCCCGCUCAGGCUUCUGGCCCAGCACCAAGCCCGGCCCCCUCGCAGCACUUCAUGGCACUGCCACCCACAUUCCUGCAGACGGACAGCGUAACCCAGACCACUCCCCUACCACCGCCCAACCCUGCUCCGCCUGCAGCGGCUCCUGCACUGACCACCACCACUAUACCGGGCACUGCUGCUGCGUCUGUUGUUGCAGCCACCACAACAGACGCUCUGGCAGCUGUGGCUCAACCUGUGCCUUUGGCCAACAACCCUGUCCCCAACUCUGUCCCUAGUCUCGUUCCCACCCCAGCCACCAUCACCAUAGCACCCACGCAGAACCUGCUGCAGCCCAGCUUGGUCAUGUCUGACCAGAACCUCCAGUGGAUCCUGAGCAGUGCUGCCAGUAGCCAGCAGAACCCAGAAUCUUCACAAAAAGGAGGUCCAAAAGUGGAAAAGGUUUUCUUCACUACAGCCAUACCAGUUGGAGGAAAUGCUGGUAACUCAAUCCAACAGAUCGGCCUCAGCCUGCCCGUCAUCAUCAUCAAACAGGAGGAAUCCUGCCAGUGCCAAUGUGCCUGCAGGGACGCUGCUAAAGAGAAGAGUUCAAAGAGUGCCUCCUCCAUCGUUUCAGCCCCAGCACCGCAGCAAGCACCAGAGCCCCCUCCUCCCCCUCUACCACAGCCCCCAGAGCCUCCCCGCCUUCCAUCUCCGUCGUCCUCUCUCCCCAAGUCUUCCUCCACGGCAGGUGAGGUGAGCCUGGAGGCCGCCCCUUCUUCUCCUUCGUCGUCCUCAGCUCAGACUUUCUCCACGUCCAACCCUCCCUCGGCCGACGGUCUAAGCACCAUGGACGUCUCGGACUUCCUCUCCCUGCAGAGCCCUGGGACAACUGCCAACAUUGAGGCUCUGCUGCUGGUCACGGAUGAAUUCAACAUGGCCACCGACGGCAAUCCUUAAAAGAGCUGCCUUCUGAGUCUGGCACCACGUGUUUGUCUGUUGCACCCACUCAUCCACCGUCAUCGAUUCCACCCACACCUCGGUGACGCCUUGUCUUUCUCCUGGUAUAGCGUGUGCUUGGAGCCCCUGUACCUGCAGUGCAUUCUGUUCUGUGUGGCAUUGUGCAACAUUAUAUACACAAACUCUGAUGACCUUCUCUGGUGAGACAUUGCAGUAGUUGCGUUUUUAGAAACAGGAUUAGUUUGCUUAUUGAGAUUUAGCAACGUUAAUGCUAAUUAAUGCAGGGAAAAAGCAGUAGAUCCUUUGUUUAAAAGACCUAAUCAAACUGUAUAUAAUAACCCUGAGUGUUGUCCAAGCACUGAUAACUGAAGAGUUCCAGUUUUCUGGCUCCAAGGUCUCACGCCUGAGCAGGAAAACAAACGUGUCUGUAUAUCCUUGUACUGUACUACAGGUCCCUAACAAAUGCUUAAAGCUGGUAUGCAACUGACCAGAAUGCACUGUAUGUUAGAAGAAAUUGCUAUAAUUUUAUCAAGCAUUGCUCCCAGCAGGAAUCUGAAGGGGUCGUCCACGCGGCCCCGCAUAUGGCCGCCAAACAAGAUGAAGUGAUUUCCUCAGUAUUUUGGUUUUCUAGGCCGACCAGUGUAGUCCAGAAAAAUGUGUUGAUUCUUUCCUACUUGUUCUGACAGAUGUUCACUAACUGAGGUAAGAACCUGUGAUCAGUCUCUUUAAGUGAAAUCAGCACAUCAAUAAGUUGCCUAUAACUUAAAAUUAAUUUAAAUUUGUACAUGUUAAUUUAUUUAAAUGCUUGAUUCUUUCAUUAUACUUGUGAUACUAUUGUUUUCAAGAUAGCAGAAAAAUCUAUUAAUUUAUUUCAAUCAUUUGUUGUGUUUUUAAGUUGAAAAUGUUUGUUACUGAAUUGUUUUUUCCUUUUUAUGAACGUAAUGGGUUUCGCUAAAGGCAAGUUUUGGAGGAAAGAGGCACUGACGGUCGAUGAGAGUGAAGCAAAUUAAUCCUCUAGGAUCUGCUUGUUUGCAGAAGUUGUCCACAAUGAAAACAGUAACAAACUACUGUCGACAUCCCAUGUUUUAAAGGGCUGUGGCCCUCUCAGGGAUGCAUCAAGUCAUAACUGAUCCUAGUUCCCUUGAUUUGUCACUCAGACGUGCGUUUCUCUUCACCCGAUGCCCCCCGCCCCCCCACACACUUGCAGUGGCCCAACGUUUUUUGCUGCACUCUUCCCUGUUUAUUGCACACUGACUUGUAAAGUGAGUAAUCCGACAGCUCUCGUUAGCUGAGGUGCAGCACCACUACAGACUUUUUUUGUACACAACUGCUGUAAAGUAGCAUUUGAAAAGAUGGUGUCCUGGCGACAGUGUAUAUAUGGUACAUUUUAGUGUAAAGAUCUUUGAGAAACUUGUAGAUUAUUCUAGAAUUUGUAUUUUUGUAUAGACUUUUGAAUUACUAAUGUAUUCCCUCUAAUGUUGCACCCCAAAUCCCCCCCCCCUCAUUUCCAUUCACGCAGAAUAUUGUGUUUGCUGUAGUUUUACAAGCAGCUGGGUUUCUGUACAGUCCCCACUGUAACGAGACUAUAUGUAACACAGCCCCCUGCUUAGAGUAUAAUUUAACAGUAUUGCUUCACAUGGGACAUAAUGCAAUGAUGAUAGAGCAAAGGCAUUGUGCCCUGUAUACUGAGUGUAGAGCUACUUGGCCUUACAACAUUAACUGUUCUCUUUGCCUUGACAGUCUGACAUUGAUACGACACGCUCAUCUUCACCAGGUCUCAGGGGACUCGCAUCCAACAGAGGCAAAAUCCCUGAGACAGAAAACUUGUGAUUCGUAUCGUGUUCCAGUUGUAAUGUUGUGGAUAUGCAGCAUUUAAAAAAGAUUAUAUACACACACACGGCUACACAACAGGUGCAGGUGAUGUGAUUCUACGUUUUAGUUCCAGGUUGUAGGAUCAAAACAGAUGUUAUUUAUAUCUGGCUUUUUUUUUUUGUUGCUUCCCUGUAAUUUGCAGGAGCGGAGCUUUCCCCUGAUUCACCUGUUAAAUGUGUUUUAAAAGAUUAUGUGCUCUGAACCAUUCCAAAUAUGCAGUAUUUGAUAUCAGGAGCGUCUAAAUCUGAAGUUUGCUCUGUUAGAUCUUGAAAUGUUAUAGUUUACUCACCAUUCUCCCCGUCAAGGCACUUAAUGACAUUACUGCCAAGAGUUCAGCUCAUACCAUCAACACAUCCUUAUCCAUGCAUACUGUCAGUGAACACAACUAUGCAAUUUUAAGUGGCAUUCGCAAGUUUAAACACCGACUCCUAUGACAAAAAAGUUAAUAUAUUCCUCCCACCACGGCGUAUUCGGCUAAAACCUGAUAUGCAGAAGUCAGUGGCAAAAGUUGUCUUUCCAUUGUUAACAUAUUGACGCAUGCUACUCCAUUAUACUGCAUUUCAGAUUUGGAGUGGUAUGAAUAUGGACUUUGUAGUGUGUAGUUCAAGUCGCACCACAGUUAAAACCUUCUUGUGCCGUUUUUUUCCUCUGAUGCAUCUGGUUUAAAAACCAAACUGGAUUUGUUUGAUGGAGCUCCUCGUGAAUGAAUGAUUCUGUUUUAAGAAUUGUUUGGGUUUUUUUUUGGUCAAAUGUAAGCAGCUUUUCCUUGUUUUACUUUCACACUUUAUGGGUACAUGUUUCUUUCAGGCUCACUCCAUUUUAUGUAAUCAUGUCAGCCUUUCACACGUUUCAACGUUGACAUUUGGAUCAUUUGUUGGCUCAUCCUCACAGAGAAAUGUCAAACUUGCAGCUGUAGAUGAGGUUGACGUCAGCAAAUCGCUGAUGACAUUUGUUUGGAAGCAGAUAGUUUGUUCACAAAUGUAAAGCCAGUGUGUUUGUUGUUUUUCUUUUUUUGGAAACUGAUCCAACUUUACAAAUGGGCAAUAUUUACAAAACGGAGGGAGAGGAAACGAUAUGCUUCCAAAGGAAUGUCUUGACACCCAAAGAGUGAAGAAUCGGGAAGGAUUUGUAUUUUUUUAAAAGAAUGUAUAAUGUGAAAAUGUUUGCUUAUGCUUGUUUCGUAUAAAGUAAUAUGAUAACUUUCUGAAUUGAGAGCAAUAUAAUACUAAUAAAACCUUAUCCUUGUCACUGUA